CGACAGAUUUAUUUCAACCGCGUGAGCGAGAACAAAACUCACAGUGGAGGAGAAGAGAAAAUGGAAGGUUGUGUAGGCUUCGUCUUAUGAUAGGACACAGCUGGAUAACCAGAAAGUUUGUCUUCCAUGGAGGGCUUUAUGGAUAUCAAUGAGAUCCAUGACCUCACUGGCACUGAUACAGAGGAGCACAGAGGCGAUGGUAAUGCAGAGCAGCAGGUGGAGGGGGCCGAGAGGGGUGCUAGGCCGACCAUCAGCGAGUUCAAAAAGACCUGGGGCUUCAGGCGGACCACGGUUGCCAGAAGAGAGUUUGUGGGAUUGGAUGAGAUUGAAGAUCCAGAAUCUCCGCCCCUACCCACACGUCGGGGCAGAGGCCGCCCGGCCCAGACCUAUUCAAGACGUGGGCGAGGGGGGAGAAGGAGCGCCCCAGCUGACCUGGAACACUCCGAGACGAGCUCCCCUACUCCAAUGGACACAGAGCCUGCCUCAGAGGCCCUAGAGCCCUGCCCAGGUGGCAGAUUAGACCCCUCCUCUUGGCGGGACUUUGGAUCUGCAUUCAGCACGGCUUUUUCCCUACUUUGGGAGAAGAAAGAGGAGGACAGGACCACGGCUGCCCCUGCCCAAAUUAUGGCUGCCCUUCCUAGCUAUGGGGGUAGUGGUGACAUGGAAGCUGCCUCCAGUAUAGAGGAGGACAGUGAUGAGCUGACCCUGAAGCAGCUUCAGGAGCGGCUGAGCAUUAGGGGGAGAGGUGAGGCCAGAGGCAGAGGGGUCAGAGGGAGAGGCAGGGCUAGGGGAAGGGGUAGAGGUAGAGGGAGAGGACGAGGGAGAGGUAGGGGGCGUGGGAGGGGUAGGAGGGUAGAGCCAGAGUCGAGCACUGCAGAUGAAGAAGACGUGAUUUUUGUAAAAGAGUAUGAACAGCAGCAGGUGUAUCAGCCUCAGGAGGAGGAGAGGGAGCAGAGUCCCGAGGAGGCUGUUGUAGUGGUUGAACCGCAAAGCCCUUCUCCUUCUCAACAGUCCAGCUCCGAGUCUAUGCCUCCUCUCGAGUCUGAUCUAGAGCCAGAGACAACAGAAGAAAAGCCCAGCCAAUAUGAUAAUGUAACGGUGGAGGAGGAGAAGGACGAGGUGGAGGAGGAGAAGGACGAGGUGGAGGAGGAGAAGGACGAGGUGGAGGAGGAGAAGGACGAGGUGGAGGAGGAGAAGGACGAGGAGGAAAAGGACGAGGUGGAGGAGGACGAGGAGGAAAAGGACGAGGUGGAGGAGGACGAGGUGGAGGAGAACGAGGUGGAGGAGAACGAGGUGGAGGAGGACGAGGUGGAGAAGGACGAGGUGGAGAAGGUGGAGAAGGACGAGGUGGAGGAGGAGAAGGACGAGGUGGAGGAGAGGAUCGAGGAAGAAAAGUCAGAGUAUUCUAGCACAUCGGACAGUGAGGGCUACAACCCCAAUGCCCUUUACUGCAUCUGUCGACAGAGGCAGAAUAAAAGGUUCAUGAUCUCCUGUGACAAUUGUCAGGAGUGGUUCCAUGGCGACUGCGUUGGCAUCAGCGAGACGCAGGGCAGCAAGCUGGAGAGGAGCGGACGGGACUGGAUCUGCCCCAACUGCACGAAUAAGAGCCAGAGCCAGGCAGACCCCCAGCAGAGCCCCCCUGACUGCCUGACACUGCCCUCCUCUGGGGAGGAGGAGAGAGUGCAUGAGGAGCAGGCCAGUAAGGAGGCUGUGGCGCAGGAGGAGACUGAAGUGGUUGCUAAGGCUGAAAUGGAGACGGACAGUUCCCUGCCCCAGUGCAUUGGCCCAGGGUGCAGUAUGUACGCUCUGCCCGACUCUGUUUACUGUGGCACAGACUGCAUCCUCCGGCAUGCGGCUGCCACUAUGAAGACCCUAUCUGACUCCCAAGAGACCAAUGCCGAGCAACGCCCACAGAGGAGAGCAGCAGCCAAACCUGGCCCUAAGGGUCAGAGGUCGGCUAGGAUUCCCCAGAGGUUGUCAGCGGAGUGGCCCGAAGAAGAGGGUGAUGAAGAGGAGAAGGAGGCUGAAGAAGUUGAGGACAAGGAAGCUGACACAUCUACAUCUCCAUUAUCCUGCAACCCUAGUCUCACUGCAGUACAGGCCACAUCCAUAGAAUCAUCUAUGUUUUACAAGUCGACAAAAAGUGCCAGUGAGCAGGUUGAGAUUGAGCCCAUGGCUCCUCAGACACAUUCUCCACAAAGCUCUCCUUCAGACAACAUCACUGAGUCCGCUCCUCCUCUGCGAGGUGCUCCAGGAAAAACCAAGAGACCAGCAAACAUCGGCAGUGUCUCCAAGAAACCCUCUGAGGAUACGCCCCCUGUCAAACAACCCAACCCCCCCAAAUCAAGCUUCUGUCCGUCCCCUGAGGUCCCGAACAUCUCAGUCUCCAGACACCACGAAACAGGGGCCCUGAGGAUCGUCAAGACCUCCUUCACCAUCCCCAAGAAGCAGCCUGUCACCCCCACUCCACCCUCACCUUCACCCCCAGUCCCACUGAAUGAAACCAGGACCCUGCCUGUGGCACCAGCCCCAAUCGCCCCUUCCUCCAGACCCCCCCAGCCAGCCAAUAACCAGGUCAGGCAGAGCAUCCAACGCUCUCUUACCAACAUCCUGUUCAAGAGGGUGUGCGACUGUGACGAUUUGGAGAGGUCUGAGAGUGAAGUGGGAAAGCUGGUCACCAGCAUCGAGACAGAGAUGUUUAACAUAUUUAACAACACAGACAGCAAGUACAUGAACAAGUACCGAACCAUCAUGUUCAACCUUAAAGACCCCAAAAAUAAGGGUUUGUUCUACAGCGUCAUCCGUGGUGAAGUCAGUGCCUUCAGACUGGCCAGGAUGAGCCAGCGGGACAUGCAGGCCACAAAGGUGUCUGAGACGAGCAAAAGGGACGCUCUAGCGGUCCAGGAGUCUGUUCCCAAAGCCCCAUGUGUACUUCCAAAUCCAGCGCCUGAGCCAGUGAAGGUUGACCUACCCAAUCUUCCCCCCAGGACAAAUAGACACAUGGAACAGAAGACCACUCUCCAUGCUGCCCCUAAUGCCAGACCUAACCAGUCGAGCCAGAGCAGCUCAGUGCCAGACAUCCUCAUCUGCAUGCUGAAAGACACAACUGCCGAGCACAGAGCUCACCUGUUUGACCUCAAGUGCAAGAUCUGCACAGGUCAGAUAUCAGUCGAGGAUGAGGCGGAGCCUUUAGCCAAGAAGCCUAAACUCUCUGGGUCAUCGUUGUCCUCCACCAAACCAGACCAAUGGAGAGACAGGCCGUCUCGGCCACCCUGGAUGUAUGCCAGAACAGAUCUCAGAACAUCUCCAGCUGGAGAUGAAUUACCCCUCCUUGCAUCCCCCGACUCCCCCACCAUGGAUUCCUCUGCUUCCCCAGUAAUGGAGGAUGACCCUGCCUUAACCAUCAUGGAAUCCCCCACUUCUCCCACAAUGGAAUCUCCGGCUUCUCCAACAAUGGAAUCUCCCGCCUCCCUCAUUUUGGAAUCCCCUGCCUCCCCUGUUAUGGAUUCUCCCGCCUCCCCUAUUCCAGAAAACUGCAAAGCCAAGACACCGUCCAGAAUGUAUACCCCAGUCAUGAUCCCGGCUGUUUCUACGGUAACCAUCACAAGGCAUGACCCCCGCACCAUUGGCAACCGUUCUGCUGCUCUGUAUGGUGACCCCCGCACAGCUGACAACUGCACUCCUGCCAUGGCAAGUGUCGCCUUAUCUACAGCCCCACUUCCACCAGUCUUUUAUGUCCCUGUGAAACAGAGUGGUACUCUGAGCAAGCCAUUCAUGCCUUUGCCACCCCCCCCAUCCCUGCCACCAAUGCCAGCAUUACCGAAAUCUAUCCUGAUGAAGCCAUCCUCCUCAUCCUUUUAUGGUUCAUCUGGAUCAUCUGCAUCCUCUUCAAGGGCUAUGAACUCCCACACCCCUCCAGACGGGGAGACGGCCCAGUUCCUGGCCAAGCAGGAAGUAGUGUGGAAGGGCUUCUUCAACAUGAUCAGUGUGGCCAAGUUCGUCACCAAGGGCUAUCUGGUCUCAGGGCCCUCCGAAUAUCUCAAAGAGGACCUGCCUGAUACCAUCCAGAUUGGUGGAAGAAUCAUGCCUCAAACUGUGUGGGACUACAUCGGGAGAGUGAAGGCCUCUGUUACAAAGGAGCUGUGUGUGAUUCGGUUCCACCCAGCGACUGAGGAGGAGGAGGCCUACGCGUCUCUGUUCUCCUACUUCAGCAGCAGACGGCGCUUUGGGGUGGUGGCCAACAAAAGCCGCAGCAUCAAGGAUAUCUACCUCAUCCCAGUCAGCGCAAAGGAGUCCAUUCCAUCCAAACUCCAACCUUUCGAAGGAUCAGGCCUUGAGAGAAAUCGCCCCGAUCUUCUCCUGGGACUGGUUAUUUGCCAGAAACCCAAACGUGCGGGAAGCAUACCACAAGAGAAGAGACCCAAGAUCCACAUGUCCAAAGACCCCAGUGAUAUUGGCCUCCCUAGACCCCCUUCGCUGUAUGGGUCUGACCCUAGAAUGGAGGAAUUCUUGCCCUAUGACCCAGAGAUGCCCAUCAUGUCCACCCUUCCUGGUUCCCCUCCUUCCACUGGAUCCCUGUCACACUCCUCCUCCUCUGGCUCACUGACUAUCCCAUCACUUCUGUCCUCCAUUAGAGCUGCUCCGCCUGCUUCUGCCCCACCUGCCACCACUAGCUCCUCCGCUGCACCUAGCAGCACCGCCACCAGUCCCCUGCAGACCAUCCUGAAGUCACUGUUUGGGAUGGACUCUCCUGCAGUCCCAGCAGUUGCAGCAGUGCCCCCUCCAUCCACUCUUCACCCUCUCCCAAUGGUGGAUCCAAUAGUCCAGCAGUACGGGCAGAAAUCCAAAGUCAAAGAGAUUGAGGAGGAGGAAAAUGAAUAUGAUCGACCAUACGACCCAGGGGAAGAGUAUGAUCCAGCAAUGGGCUAUGGAUUGGUUGCGCCAAUUUGUACGGAUAAAAUGUUUCAGGCGAAAGCUGCCUCUCUGGCCAUUUGUGCUGAUGAUGACGACGUGGCUUACGACCCUGAAGAUGAGACUAUCUUUGAGGAUAUGCACAACGAUGGGGUCGGUGUAGCAAAAGCCCCAUCUCCAACUCCUACCCCAGCUCAAGCUCCUACCCCAGCUCAAGCUCCUACCCCAGUCACAGUACAAGCCCCAGUCCUAGCUCCCACUCCAGCCCCUCUGAGCCUCCCCAUUACUGGUGAUGUAAUUGUCUCUGCCGCUACUCUGACUGAACAACAGCGAAUGUUUGAGGAGCUCAACAGGCAGAUCGAGGAGCAGAAACAGCAGUUGAAGGAGCAGGAGUGGGCACUGCGUCAGCAGAGAGAAGCAGUGGGCAUGUUCAUGGCCCACUUCUCCGUUUCCGAUGCCUUGAUGUCUCCCCCUCCUAAAUCUGGGCGGUCUCAAUUCCAAACACAGCAGACUGAAGGAGAGCAGUCUGAGGCAAAUCCUUCAGCGAAUCAAAAAGCUUUGAGUCUCUUGAAAACAGAAGUACCAAUAAAACAAGAGAUUAAGACAGAGACCAAGACUGUACCUCUUUCAGAGUCAAGAAAUGUGGAAAUGCCCAGUGCAACACCGAAGCGGGUAAAAGAGAUUAAAAAGGAAAAUAUUCAGGCAACCGAUAAUUCAGAUCCUGAAGCUGGUGAGAUCCAGGACUCUGAUGUAGCUUACGACCCAGAGGAUGCCACUAUCUUUGAUGAGCUGCAAGACAUGAAUGUAGAAGAGAAGGUGAAAACUCUAUCACAUUCAGCAAGGCGUUCUGAGCGGUCUCGUGACUCCUCGGUGUCUAGCUCGUGUCGUGGCACAUCGCGCAUGGACACUCCUGAUAGGAGGCGUAAGCAUAGCAGCCAACCGGAUACUCACUCACCCAAAAGACGGGACCGUAAAAUCAAGGACCGCCACAAAAGCCCUCCUCGUAGAUCUGGCAGGCGGUCCCCUGGACAGUCUGAUAGGCGAAGGGACAGACAUAGACGGGGUGAGAGGAGCCAACCGUAUCACAGAGAUUGUGACCACUCUGACCGCACAGGCCGCCAUCUCCCUCAUCAAGAGCGCACUUCUCGGCGCAGCUCUUGUAGCCGUAGAAGAUCCCCAUCUACACCAAGAAAAACACUAGAUUCCGCCUCUAGGGGAGUCUCAAAGGGUCAAAGGGAGUCUUCUCCUCCUCCAGUGUCAGAAGACUCCAAGGGUCCAGAGGCUCCUGAAGACAUCGGUCCUAUGAGCCCAGCUCCAGCACUGGUCAUGGCGACUAAUGACUCACCUCAGCCCCCUCUUGAUAGAAAGGACAUUAAUGAAUCACUGUGUGAUCGUUCUGAGUCUGGACGUCCACCACAGGGAGAGAUUGAGUACGCAGGCCAUCAAAUGCCCCAUGGAAAUCCCACUCCCCAGCAACCUGGGGAUCAACAACCUCCUCAAAGCUUGCUGCGAUCACCACCAACAGGCCUCAACAACCAGCAAGGCCUCAACUUACAGCGUCAAGACAAUAGGCAUAGGGCCUCUCAACGGGAAAUACUAGAGCAAUGCAUUGUACAGAGCCCAUCAGACAUUAUGAGAGAAAAACUGUUUUCCUCACAAGGUCCUCCCCACAAAGCGUCUCCAAACCAAGGGCCAGAUAUGAUAGGACAAGGGCAAGACAUGAGUCCAGAUAUGAGAGGGGAACACUUCUCACUAACAACUAACUUUGGAGGACCGCCAUCGCCCCAUUUCAACAGUCUAAGGAUGUCUUCAUCCGUUCCAAGAGGACAUUUUGAGGACCAAAGGGGAGCACAUCGUCCUGGUUUCCAUGGCCCCAGGGGUCCUCGUCCCUCGAGGUUCAACCAGCCCAGAGGCUCAUCUCCAGGGCAUUUCCCAGAGAAAGGGGAGCCACCACGGUCCUGGUUUGAUGAUCCACAUCAGCCCGUGAUCAGACUUCAAGGGCUGCUAGGAAUAACAAGAGACGCCAACAACCAGCAUCAUGACAAUGAAGGUGGGCCUGUUCAAUCAGAAAUAAAGGAGCAACACAUUGUACAGAGUCCAUCAGAGAUGAUGAGAGAGAAACAUUUUUCCUCACAAGGUCCUCCCCACAUGACUUCUCCAAACAACCAGGGUGAGAGGUCCAGCAGUUUAGAGAGGACAGUUCCCGAUAGGAGGGAGGGGAGAAGAAACCAAGGCCCAGACAUCAGAGGGCCAGAUAUGAUGGGACCAGGGCCAGAUAUGAUGGGACCAGGGCCAGAUAUGAUGGGACCAGGGCCAGAUAUGAUGGGACCAGGGCCAUACAUGCAAGGUCCAGGGCCAGACAUGUGGGAUGAUAGAAGAGGGCUAGACAUGUGGGAUGAUAGAAGAGGACCAGGGCCAUACAUGAGUGGUCGAAGCCCAGACAUGAGAGGUCCAGGGCCAGACAUGAGGGGUCCAGGCCCAGACAUUAGAGGUCCAGGCCCAGACAUGAGGAGUCUAGGCCCAGACAUGCAAGGUCCAGGUCCAGGCCCAGACAUGCGAGGUCGAGGCCCAGACAUGCGAAGUCCAGGGCCAGACAUGAGGGGUGAUGGGAGAGGGCUAGACAUCUUGGAUGACCGAAGAGGUCCAGGGCCAGACAUGAGAGGGCCAGAGACUGACAUGUGGGGUGAAAUGAGAGGUCCAGGGCGAGACAAGACAGGUCCAGAGCCAGACAUGAGAGAUCCACAUAUGAGAAAAGAACGGAGACACCCAGAUAUGAGGGAUCCAGGACCCAACAUUAGGAAUCCAAACAUGAGGAGUUCAGGCCCAGACAUGAGAGAUCCAGAAAUGCCAGACCCAGAUCCAGACCUGAGAAGUCCAGACGUGAAAGGGGACCACUUCACACCUAUAGCUAAAUUUGGAGGACAGAGGCCACAAUCGCCUUAUUUCAACAGUCCAAAGAUUUCCUCAUCUGUUCAAAGAGGACAUUUUGAGGAUCAAAGGGGAACACAUCAUCCUGGUUUCCAUGGCCCCUGGGGUCCUCGUCCCUCGAGGUUCAACCAGCCCAGAGGGUUACCUCCAGGGCAUUUUGCAGACAAUGGGGGGCAGCCACAGUUCCGUUUUGAGUGUCCACAGCCAGUGGGAACACCUGUUCCUGCCUCACUUGUAACAUCAAGGGAGCACAGUAUACAGAGCCCUUGGGACAUUCUGAAAGAAAGCCAGAUACCCUCACAAGGUCUUCCCCACAGGGCCUCUCCAAACAACCAGGGUGAGCGGUCCAGCAGUUUAGAGAGGAGAGAUCCUGAUAUUAGUGAGGGAAGGAGAAACCCAGGGCCAGACAUCAGAAGUCCAGAUAUGAUGGGACCAGGGCCACGCACUAGGGGUGAUAGAAGAGGGCCAGACAGCAGAGGUCCGGGUCCAGACAUGAGAGAUCCAGAACCAGACACAAGAGGUGAUUGGAGAGGGUCAGAUAUGAAAAAUCCAGGACCAGACACAAGGGGUGAUAGGAGAGGGCCGGGCCCAGACAUCAGAGGUCCACGGCAGGACACAAGGGAUGAUGGGAGAGGCCCAGGGCCAGACACGAGAGGUCCAAGGCCAGACAUGUGGGAUGAGAGGAGAGGGCCAGACAUGAGGGGUUCGAGGCCAGACAUGAGGGGUCAGAGGCCAGACAUGAGGGGUCAGAGGCCAGACAUGAGAGAUCCAAGGCCAGACAUGAGAGGUCCAAGGCCAGACAUGUGGGAUGAGAGGAGAGGGCCAGACAUGAGGGGUCCAGGGCCAGACAUGAGGGAUCCAAGGUCAGACAUGAGGGAUCCAAGGUCAGACAUGAGGGGUCCAAGGUCAGACAUGAGAGGUCCAAGGUCAGACAUGAGAGGUCCAAGGUCAGACAUGAGAGGUUCAAGGUCAGACAUGAGAGGUCCAAGGCCAGACAUGUGGGAUGAGAGGAGAGGGCCAGACAUGAGGGGUCCAGGGCAAGACACAAGAGGUCCAGGGCCAGACACGAGAGGUCCAGGGCCAGACACGAGAGGUCCAGGGCCAGACACGAGAGGUCCAGGGCCAGACACGAGAGGUCCAGGGCCAGACACGAGAGGUCCAGGGCCAGACACGAGAGGUCCAGGGCCAGACACGAGAGGUCCAGGGCCAGACAUAAGGGGUGAUAGGAGAGGGCCAGACAUGAGGGGUCCAGGGCCAGACAUGAGGGGUCCAGGGCCAGACAUGAGGGGUCCAGGGCCAGACAUGAGGGGUCCAGGGCCAGACAUGAGAGGUCCAGGGCCAGACAUAAGGGGUGAUAGGAGAGGGUCAGACAGGAGAGGUCCCAGUCCAGACAUGAAAGAUCCAGAAUCAGACAUAAGGGGUGAUAGGAGAGGUCCAGACAUUAGAAGUCCAGGACUAGACACGAGAGGUCCAAGGCCAGAUAUGUGGGAUGAGAGGAGAGGGCCAGACAUGAGGGGUCCAGGGCCAGACAUGAGGGGUCCAGGGCCAGACAUGAGAGUUUUAAGGCCAGAUAUGUGGGAUGAGAGGAGAGGGCCAGACAUGAGGGGUCCAGGGCCAGACAGGAGAGGGCCAGACAGGAGAGGGCCAGACAGUAGAGGUCCAGGGCCAGACAGUAGAGGUCCAGGGCCAGACAGUAGAGGUCCAGGGCCAGACAGGAGAGGGCCAGCCAGUAGAGGUCCAGGGCCAGACAGUAGAGGUCCAGGGCCAGACAGUAGAGGUCCAGGGCCAGACAGUAGAGGUCCAGGGCCAGACAGUAGAGGUCCAGGGCCAGACAGUAGAGGUCCAGGGCCAGACAGUAGAGGUCCAGGGCCAGACAGUAGAGGUCCAAGGCCAGACAGGAGAGGUCCAGGGCCAGACAGGAGAGGUCCAGGGCCAGACAUUUUACAUUUACAUUUGAGUAAUUCAUCAGACGCUCUUAUCCAGAGCAUCUUACAGUUAGACAUGAGUGGUUCAGGACCAGACAGGUGUCCAGAAAUCCCAAGCCCAGAUCCAGACAUGAGAAUUCCAGCUAUAAGAAGAGACCACUUCACAACAAACAAUUUUGGAGGACCGAGGGAAGUACAUCGUCCUGGUUUCCAUGGCCCCAGGGCUCCUCGUCCCUUGAGGUUCAACCAGCCCAGAGGCUUAUCUCCAGGGAAUUUCGCAGACAACAGGGGGCAGCCACGGUUUGACGGUCCACAGCCAGUGGUAAGACCGUUGAGGCAUAAAGGAGGUUUACUCCCCACUCCCCCGGAGGGUCUCAUUAGUUUGCUGAACAACAGUCCAGAAGCUUUUAAAGAAGACCAGUGGCAGAAUAGUCAAUCACCUGAUACCAGGAGAACAAGCCUACCCAGAGAGGACUGUGAAAUUAGAAACUAUGGAGACAGAGAAAGCCACUCUGAGGAGCGUGGCCAUUCUGGUAACCCUAGAGACAGGGGGAACUUCCAGGGCUCAGCGCCCCGCUUGUCCCAGGAGCGGCAGUUGCCUGAGGACAACAGGAGAGAGUUGGGUGGCAGUCAUAGAAGGCAGAGGGGCAGGGGGACAGGUAGGCCUAUGAGUAGGGAGAGCGAAGGGGUUAGAGGGAGGGAAGCAGACAGGCCCAGAGAAGAGGUGGGUGAAAAGCAAAAGACACCCACGGAAAACGACAAAGACAUUGGAAGAGCCACAAGCAUGGAAGGAGAUGCAAACAGAGUUAUCACUAGUCUGCACAAACGUUCACUUUCAAAAGACAGUGACAGAAACAGUUUAAAGGAUGGAAGUGGAAAGAAAGAAGAAGAAAUGGGGGGAAAUGGUAACAAGGUUGAAUCAACAGACACCCCCCAGACAGAUACCUCCCAGGAGAGUUAAGGGCCUGCUUGACUGGAGACGGUUAACAAAAAUGCAUGAAUUUUGACGUUUUUUUUAUCUGUUGGGCCAUUUUCAGCACUACACACAUUGAAUAUAUCCUAUGAAUACAGUAAGAAAAUCUGCGGCAAAAGUGAUUGUUGCAGAAUUUAUGGAAAACGAUGGAAAAGAUCUGACUGGUAUUGUCAUUUUAACUAAAUGUCUGAAACGUGUUAGUGCUAUUACGUAGUCAUUUUCAGCACAUCAUAAAACAACCCAGAAUUUUGGGAAUUUCAUGACUGAUCGUACCUUGUUUCAUUCAUCUUACAGUUUUAAAAUGGUACAGAUGACUUGCUUUUCUGCAUUUCCAGAUUAAAACUCAGGUCAAGUCACACACUGUGUUUCUAGAUGAUUCUUUAUUUUUCUUCUAUGUAGGCCUAUAAACUUAUUAGACCAUACUGCUGUCAUCUGUUCACUGAUUAUAAAGCCUUCAUUUUGGUUAAUCUCAUGAUUAAAUGUUUUUGGAUAAAUGAAAACAUUAUUUAUUUCAUUUUUUUCUUUUUUAUUAUGUUUUAAUUUGUUGAACACAGGCCAAUAAAAACUGUUAAGGAAUUA